AUGAUCCUUGUCAGAGUUGACAGAAAAGGCAUCGAAGGUGACAGCAGCAUCGCAGGCUCAGACCAUCGCUGUGGAGGGAUCGGACAGCUGUCAGAAGAACGCACACGCUGUACGAAAGUGAGCAUUCGCUGGCGCACACCGAAUUCCCUCCACCCCGUCUCUUCUUUUUCGCUCGCUCUCUCUCUCGCUCUCUCUGUAAUCUCGCUUUCUGCCCAAUUCCCGUGUCCCCCCUUCCCCCACACCCAACCCCCCCCCACCACCACCACCCUGGACGUUCUGCCUGCGUGUCCGGGUUGA